GUACAAAAACUGCUUUGUAUGUGUCCAGUGGAUUUCCACGGUAUUUUCCAGUUAGACGAACGUCGCAGAGAUGCUGUUAUUGCUUUAGGAAUCUUUCUAAUUGAAUCUGACCUUCAGCACAAAGAUCACGUGGUUCCUUACCUCCUCCGUCUUCUGAAGGGUCUUCCCAAAGUCCAAUGGAUAGAAGAAAGCAAUGCCCGGAAAAGCAGAGGCUUGCUUCCAGUUGCAGAAAACUUCAGCUUCUGCUUGGUAACGUUGUUAUCAGACGUUGCUUACAUGGAUGCCUCUCUCAGAGAGCAGAUUUUGGAUGCAAUUCUACAAGUAAUGCAGUUCCUGUUGGGAAUGUGCCAGACCUUGCAAAUGCAUGAUAAAGAAUAUUUAUGCAAGUAUGCAGUACCCUGCCUGAUAGGAAUUUCUCGAGCCUUUGGUCGCUACAGCAAUUCAGAGGAAGCUCUCCUUUCAAAACUUUUUCCAAAAAUUCCCCCGCAUUCCCUGAGAGUCCCAGAAGAGCUUGAUGGAAUUCGCCGACGAUCCUUUAAUGAUUUCAGAUCAAUUCUUCCCAGUUCUCUACUCACUGUUUGCCAAGAAGGAACACUAAAGAGAAAAGCUAGCAGUGUGUCUAGCAUCUCGCAGGUUAGUCCUGAACGUGGAAUUCCCCCUCCCAGCUCUCCUGGAGGAUCUGCAAUUCAUUACUUUGAAGGUUCCUAUCUUCCCGAUGGGAGUGCACUGGAUCCUGAUUAUUACUUCUCUACAAUCAGCUCCAGCUUUUCAGUUUCUCCUCUCUUCAAUGGCAUUAACAAUAAAGAGUUUAACAUCCCGCUGGAAAUGCUCCGUCAGCUGUUGAACAUGGUAAAACAGAUUGUUGGGGAUUCUCUGCUAAAGACCUUAGAUGCAGUUGUAGCAGACAUUGCAGAGACGGGUGCUAAUUCAGAUCUCUAUUAUAAAACAUUCAGUGACCCUCUUUAUCUUGCUCAGUUUAAAAUGCUGAGAGACACACUAUACUAUAUGAAAGACCUUCCCAACUCGUUUGUGAAGGAAAUCCAUGAUUUUGUGCUAGAGCAAUUCAACAGCAGUCAAUCAGAACUGCAGAACAUCCUUCAUGAUGUGGAUCGACUGCACAAUGAACUGAGUCCUUUAAAACUGCGUUGUCAGGCGAGUGCUGCCUGUGUGGAUCUCAUGGUGUGGGCCGUGAAAGAUGAGCAAGGUGCAGAAAACCUGUGCAUCAAGUUAUCAGAGAAGCUUCAGUCAAAAACGUCAAGCAAAGUCAUCAUUGCUCACUUGCCACUGCUAAUUUGCUGUUUGCAGGGUCUAGGUCGUUUGUGUGAGAGGUUCCCUAUUGUGGUUCACUCUGUCAUUCCAUCCUUGAGAGACUUUCUUGUGAUACCUUCCCCAGUGCUUGUGAAACUUUACAAGUAUCAUAGCCAGUAUCACACAGGUGGCAAUGACAUCAAGAUCAGCGUAACCAACGAGCAUUCAGAGUCCACUCUAAACGUAAUGCCUGGCAAGAAAAGUCAGCCAUCCAUGUACGAGCAGCUGCGUGACAUUGCCAUAGACAACAUCUGCAGGUGCUUGAAAGCAGGCUUGACUAUAGAUUCAGUGAUUGUUGAGGCCUUUCUUGCCAGUUUAUCGAACCGUCUGUACAUCUCUCAAGAGAGUGAUAAGGAAGCUCAUUUGAUUCCUGACCACACAAUUCGUGCUCUAGGGCACAUUGCAGUGGCGCUGAGGGACACCCCAAAAAUGAUGGAACCCAUCCUACAGAUCUUACAGCAGAAGUUUUGCCAGCCACCCUCUCAUCUUGAUGUACUGAUCAUUGAUCAGCUGGGCUGCCUGGUCAUCACUGGAAAUCAAUAUAUUUACCAGGAGGUGUGGAAUCUGUUUCAGCAAAUCAGUGUUAAAGCAAGCUCAGUUGUUUACUCUGCCACAAAAGAUUACAAGGAUCAUGGAUACAGGCACUGCUCCUUAGCAGUCAUUAAUGCCCUAGCUAACAUCGCUGCUAACAUUCAAGGGGAACAUCUUGUGGAUGAACUACUGAUGAACUUGCUGGAACUGUUUGUUCAGCUUGGGCUAGAAGGAAAGAGAGCUAGCGAGAGAGCAAGUGAAAAAGGACCGGCACUGAAGGCCUCCAGUAGCGCAGGGAAUCUGGGUGUGCUUAUUCCUGUUAUUGCUGUGCUGGUGAUAACUACAUUUUUCUUAACCAAUGUGACCUUUAAAUGGAGUGAGAUAGUGCCAGAAUCUGUAGCAAGAGUUAAUGGUUACAUCAGGGUUGUUGAAGCAAAUAUUUGA